AUGACCAAUAAGAACCAAAGCUGUGGUGUGGGACAGGAUUCCAUGCCCUCCAUGACUUGUCUCAUCCACAUCCUUGAAGCGUGGUUUGGUGUGGAGCACUUGGAGGACUACUGGAAUUUUGCAAACUACCUCUUGUGGGUUUUCACACCACUCCUCCUUUUAAUACUCCCUUACUUCACCAUCUUUCUGCUGUACCUUACUAUCGUUUUCUUACACAUUUAUAAGAGGAAGAAUAUGCUAAAAGAAGCCUACUCCCAUAAUCUGUGGGAUGGUGCAAGGAAGACGGUGGCGACCCUGUGGGACGGACACGCGGCUGUCUGGCAUGGUUAUGAAGUUCAUGGGAUGGAAAAAAUACCAGAAGAAGGACCAGCACUGAUCAUUUUUUAUCAUGGAGCUUUUCCCAUAGACUUUUACUACUUCAUGGCGAAAAUUUUUAUCCAUAAAGGCAGAACUUGCCGAGUAGUAGCGGAUCACUUUGUCUUUAAAAUUCCAGGGUUUAGCUUAUUACUUGAUGUAUUUUGUGCUAUUCGUGGACCAAGAGAAAAAUGUGUUGAAAUCCUGCAGAGUGGUCACUUGCUAGCUAUCUCACCAGGUGGCGUUCGGGAAGCACUGAUGAGUGACGAGACCUACAACAUUGUGUGGGGUAAUCGGAAAGGCUUCGCUCAGGUUGCAAUCGAUGCAAAAGUGCCCAUUAUUCCUAUGUUUACACAAAAUAUUCGAGAAGGAUUUAGAUCACUUGGAGGAACAAGGCUGUUUAGGUGGCUUUAUGAAAAGUUCCGCUAUCCAUUUGCCCCCAUGUACGGAGGUUUUCCUGUGAAGUUGCGCACCUACUUAGGUGAUCCCAUUCCAUACGACCCAAAGAUCACAGCAGAAGAACUAGCCGAAAAGACGAAGGAUGCUCUUCAAGCUCUGAUUGAUAAGCACCAAAGAAUACCCGGAAACAUAAUGGGUGCUUUGCUAGAACGUUUUCAUAACAAACAAAAGAUCAACCAGAAGACGCUUUAA